UAAUGACGUCACAUACACGUUCGAAAAAGAAGCGCGAGCAAAAGAAAUGAGCCGAGACAUACAGGAGAUUGUUUUGCUAAAUCUUCUGAGUUGAUUCAGGUUAUAUUACUUAUCUCUGUCUCUGUUAAAAUGUCUCUGUUAAAACCGUUCAGUAAACUUCCUGAUCUGAAUACGGCCAACAUCCUGCUGGUGGAGAAUGAGGAGCAGUUUCAACAGAAUUUGGCAAAUACUCUGGUGGAGGAGACGGCUGUAACUGUGAAUGUGAGACUUGCCAAGAGUCUCCCACUUCCCAUGGAGAACGAUGAGAGUCGACCGAGGAUCGACCUUGUGGUGUUCAUUAUUAAUCUGACCUCGGACAAGAGUUUUGAGUCGGCAAAAGCUUCUCUGAAAUAUUUGGAUCCUGGAUAUUUCCUUGGGAAAGUCUGCUUCAUGGCUACUAAUGCUCGCCAUGCCUCAGUCCGCACAGGGUGCCUGGAUGCUCUCAGACAGCUGGCCGUCUCGCUCCACUGCCCUCUGUUGUUUGCUGAGGAUCAGACUCCUGAAGGAGCAACGAGUUCAGCGCGAAGGCUGCUCACUAUCCUCAAAGUGGCGUCUGGUCUCAUUCCGAACACCACCGCUCUGUACCUGUCCAACCUGACCAGGUGCACCAUGCCGCCGGACAUCGACCAGCCAAGUUUCGAUUAGCUCCCCUCUGUCAUUUGAUUGAAGUAAAAUCUUUCCUGCGGUCUUUGUUUUGUAUUUAUUUGUAGUGCUUUAUUUCAUUUGUUUUCAUCUGUGUGUGUCUGUUGAUGUAUUGAGUUUUAAAGACGGUAUACCAUAGUUUGUUUGUUUUUUUCCAAUAUGCUGUACAUUUAUGUAAUCAGGAUUUAUAGCUUUGAAUUCUGUUUGUCAAAUAAAAAUGUAAUCUUAGCUCAUA